UCAACACUUAAGAAAAUCCCUAAAUUCACUGAACCCUCCCCCAUACUUUCUGAUCCUCUCCAACUCCAAGUCCUCUCUUAUUAAUAACCCCAAAAGAUUGUUCCUUUCAAGUCUCAUUUCUCAUACAGAUUCAAGAUCAGACCAAACCCACUUCUUGUUUUGGUACAAAGAAGCCAUCAUCUUCUUCUUGCAUACAGGAUCUGCUUUAACGGCUUAAAGCUUCGAUUACAAAUCACUGAGUCACUGAGUCAACUCGGACUUCUCCUUAUUCUCAUCGCUUCCAUCAAGCUGCAUUGGUCAAAAUGAAUCGUAAACCCCCAACUUUACAAAACGACAUCAUAAACAUCCAAGAUCGUUACUCAAACAACCUUGUCAUGGACGUCGGAGGAGGAAGAAGAAACAGCCGGGAAAACGUAAACUUUCGCCGUCCGGCGGCAAUGACGUCAGAGAACAGCAAGCGUGAGUUGCGACGGAGCUUCUCGUCGCAGAAAAGGUUGAUGAUCCCGGCGAACUACUUCAGUUUGGAGUCUCUGGUUAUACUGGUGGGUCUAACGGCGUCACUGUUGAUCCUUCCGUUAGUUCUGCCGCCGUUACCUCCGCCUCCGUUUAUGCUGCUUUUGAUUCCGAUUGGGAUUAUGGUUUUACUCAUUGUUCUUGCCUUCAUGCCUUCUUCUUCUUCUUCUUCUUCUAAGUCCAGAGAUGUAACUCGCACUUUUAUGUAAAUCUUUUCUUAUUGUAUUUAUAUAAAGUCUACGAACAUUAUUACACA